AUGUUGGUUCUUGAGGUGGAGGCACACCACGAAUACAAAUUAAGAAAAAAAAACAGCAUUAUUUCGGUCUUCAAUCGCUUGAAUAUUUCGUACGACUCAUCAUUGAGAGGCUCAUCUUCAUUGCUACUCUCGUUCGCAGAAUUUUGUCCCUGCCUAAGGGUACAUGUUCUUCCUAUUGGCUCACCAUUUAUCUCGCCAGUAUUGAACCCUUCAAGUAUCGAUGAAUUAUCCUUGAAAAUUAGAUUUAGUAGUAACAAUACUCCAUCCUCGGCGAUGACUCUUCUCAAUUCAUCCACCCUCACAACAUCACCAAACAAUUCAUCCGUUCAUAUGACCACUCCAAAGGCUCCUAAUCAAAAUAAUGGCACAACCUUUUCCUCAUCUUUCCUUUCUACUCCUAAUAGAUCACAAGCGAAAGCUCUCUCUUCCUUGUAUCCCAAUAUUUCGGAACCCAGAGAUCUUUCAAAGCCUCACAGAAUAGCAUUGAGUCCUAUUAAAAGUCCUCUGCACUCAACACUUCAAAAUCCAAGCAUCAAUUCAUCGUUCAAAACCUUCAACUCAUCAAUGGAAACCCCUUCAUCUCCCUCAAUGUCAGCUGCUUUGAGUCAAACGAAGAGUGCUAAAAAACAAAUCGAACACGAGUAUCAGACUCUUUUGAACCGAAUAAAAUUCUUGGAAGAAGAGGAGAGAAGGUCAAGGGCCAAAUUGCAUCAAUACGAUUUUAUCACUCAAAAGCAAGAAGAAACAAAGAAGCUCAAACAAAAUACGAAUAACCUCUUUCUGAAAAAAAAGGAACAGGAACUCAAGGAAAUCGAAGAAAAAUAUCAGAUUGUAUCUUCUGUCAAGGAUGGACAUUUGUACGCAAAAGAAAAAAUUAAAAACUUUGAAGAAGCAAAAAAGCUUGAGAAUUUGGAAUUCAAGAAAAAGCUAGAACUAUUUAAAGACAUUCGUAAAGAACAACAAAUGAAAUUAGUAAAGUAUAAUGCUGUCAGAAGAAACGAAAUUAAACAAUUAAGUGAAAAGAUGAAAGAAGAAAAUAGAAUUAAAAGAGAAGAACUUGCAAAGCAAAAACAAAUCGAAAGACAACAAGCUAGAAAUAGAAAUGAAACCAUGUAUCAAGAGAGACUGAAGCAAAUCCAUCAAGAAAAAGAAAAGCAAGUUCAAGCCAUAAAAUCCCAAAGAAUUAGCCUUGAUGAGGUUCAGCAAUACAGAAUUUCUCAGUCACAUGAUGCUGUCAUUCAGUAUGCUUUGAGAGAAAUUGAAAAGGAACAGGAAACUGCUGUGCAAUUAGAAAAAUCGAUUGAACACUUGAAGAAGAGAGAAGCGGAAGCAAAAAGAAGAUUGGAUGAAGUGGAAAGAAAAUUGCAAUCAAGUCCUGCUUCUCCUUCCAAUGGACACCGAGAUGGAAACUUGAGUAAUCUUUCUCUUCUACUUGACCGAUCACCCAGAUCAAAAAGAGCUAGAGGUUUUGCACGAUCUCCCUCUGGCAGAUAG